AUGGAUACUCCUUCCAAGAAAUAUCCAGUUAAAAAACGGGUGAAAAUACAUCCUAACACAGUGACGGUGAAAUACACUUCUCAUUUUCCCCAGCCUGGGGAUGAUGGAUAUGAAGAAAUUAAUGAAGAUUAUGGAAAUUUUAUGGAAGAAAAUCCAAAGAAAGGCCUGUUGAGUGAAAUGAAAAGAAAAGGAAGAACUUUUUUUGGAACCAUGGAUACCCGACCUCCACCAACAGAAGACCCCAUGACAAAUGAGAUUGGACAAUUCCAAAGCUUUGCAGAAAAAAACAUUUUUCAAUCCAGGAAAACAUGGAUUGUGCUGUUUGGAUCUGCUUUGGCUCAUGGAUGUGUAGCUCUUUUCACUAGGCUUGUUUCUGAUCGUUCUAAAGUUCCAUCUCUAGAACUGAUUUUUAUCCGUUCUGUCUUGCAGGUCUUAUCUGUGUUAGUUGUGUGUUACUACAAGGAGGCCCCCUUUGGACCCAGUGGAUACAGAGUACGACUCUUCUUUUAUGGUAUAUGCAACGUCAUCUCUAUCACCUGUGCUUACACAUCGUUCUCUAUAGUUCCUCCCAGCAAUGGGACCACUAUGUGGAGAGCCACAACUACAGUCUUCAGUGCCAUUUUGGCUUUUUUACUUGUAGAUGAGAAAAUGGCUUAUAUUGACAUGGCUACAGUUAUUUGUAGCAUCUUAGGUGUUUGUCUUGUCAUGAUCCCCAACAUAGUUAAUGAAGAAAAUUCCUUGUUAAAUGCUUGGAAAGAAGCGUUUGGAUAUACUAUGACUGUGAUGGCUGGGCUGACCACUGCUCUUUCCAUGAUAGUAUACAGAUCCAUUAAGGAGAAGAUCAGCAUGUGGACUGCACUGUUUACCUUUGGUUGGACUGGGACAGUCUGGGGAAUAUCUACUAUGUUCAUUCUUCAAGAGCCCAUUAUUCCCUUAGAUGUAGAAACCUGGAGUUAUCUCAUGGCUAUUUGCGUGUGUUCUACGGCAGCAUUCUUAGGAGUUUAUUAUGCCUUGGACAAAUUCCAUCCAGCUUUGGUCAGCACAGUACAACAUUUGGAGAUUGUGGUAGCAAUGGUCUUGCAGCUUCUAGUGUUACACAUAUUUCCUAGUGUCUAUGAUGUCUUUGGAGGGAUAAUCAUUAUGACUAGUGUUUUUGUCCUUGCUGGCUAUAAACUUUACUGGAGGACUUUAAGAAGGCAGGAUUACCAGGAAAUAGUAGACUCUCCCAUUAAAUGA